AACAUGUGAUAAAAAGUCAACGGCGUCAAACAUUUCGAAACUGAGGGAGUAGCACAUAUUGUGUAGAUGCGUGUGCUUUCCACACUCCACUGAACUGAGCCAACACAAGGCCACAACAACAAAACAAGCUGCGCUUAUGACACCGACAGCUUUUUUGGCGCUUUCCGGCGUUCGUGAUCAUAAGGACGGUUUUUCCGUAGGGACGACCAGCUUUCGGUCUCCCUGCGCUUAUAAAUAUAGCUGUAUUAUCUUCCAUUAUUACACAUAUAAUAUAGCCCUACACGCCUAUUCCUCCUCUCACUAUUCGAUCGAUAUCGAUAUCUUAGAAACGAAAGGCCGGGCUGCCACCAGGGGCUAGCUCCGGGUCCGGGCUGGCCAUCGUCGACGACGUCGUAGGAUCAGGGGGAGAUGACGACUAAGCUGGAGCUUAUGCGGAGCAACUACUUGAAGAAGCUUCUGACGGAGAUCGUGCCGGCACUGGCCGAGAACUCGCCGGAGGCGGCGCUUGUGGUGGUUUCAGACCCGCCCGUCGACGACGUCCUCACCUACGUUUGUAUUGACGUGGCUGCGAGUGACACGGCCAGUGAGGGAGGCACCGAUCAGCAACUGCGCCGCCGCAGCAACAAGCUGUCUCCAUCGUCCCUCGGCUCCGUCGGGAUCAUGGUGGCUUCGGCAGCAAUCACUGAAAUCACCGGCGCCGGCACAACCACCAGCCCGGCGGUGGCUUUCUCUCUGUUUCUUGUACUUACAGUGGCCAUCUCUCUGAUCAUGUCCAGCAUUAUUCGGGCAUAGCCGUACAUGUGUGUGUGUGCCCGUACGUGCUUAAUUAGGCCAUAGAUAAUCGCUUAUGUAUAUAUUAUAUAUGAGUACAAUCAUAAUAUAUAUAUAUAUAGUAGCUCUAUUA